AACCAUUCUCAAGUGUGGCUCCUAGCUGACGUCAGGCAGCCUUCUUUCUCUGCUCAUGUGACAUUUCUCCCAGUCAUGGUCCUGCGUUGGGACCCAGAAUUUCACUGAGCGUAGUAACUGUCCUCACGUUGUGCGGAUUUUUAUCGACCGCCGAAUAUUUGCUGGCGUCUCGGGAGUUUUUCUGUCAGGACUGGCCGAUGCGCCUCUCGUCGGAAUAGGAUUAGACCUAAAGCUGACGUGGACGUGACCAAGCCUUAUUCCCCUAGACUAUGGCUAACUCAGCCAUUCUCGCUCGAAGCAACGUUCCCACUCUAUCAGGCGCUUAUGCAGAACGAGCAGUUGGCAGAGCCACGGCAUCAUGGCUACCCUCACGCGACAACAGGACACCUCCCCGCGGCUUCUCCUCUCCACGGCAUCCAGAGCACUGCGUACCACUCUCGCUCCACCACGGUAAACCGUUCCAAUGUGACAAUAUCGAAUCGGUUCGACCGAUAAGCCGAAUCGUGACUGCAGCGAGCGCUGCUGCUUCCGCUCCAGUGUCAGAGCCAAAUAAAGGAAACCCCUUUUCAGCGCUGAUCGAUUUCUUCUCCUCCAUCUGGGAGGAAUACAUCGUCAGCCCGCUCGGGAAUUUUGGAUUCGGAAAAAAGAGCAUCUGGGAAGGUGGUGUCGGUCUAUUUCUCCUGACGGGACUCUUCUUAAUCGGCCUGACUAUCAACUGGAUCAAAGGCGUUCAAGUACGGACCAGCACGACGCGGUACAAAGCGGUGAUGGAAUUCACCCAAGCCUGCGGAAUCACGGUCGGCACCCCAGUUCGGAUCCGAGGCGUGGACGUGGGCAGCGUGAUCGGGGUUCGGCCGAGCCUGGAGCGGAUCGACGCUGUCGUCGAAAUCCUGGACUCCAACGUCGUCAUCCCGCGAAACUCGCUGAUCGAAGUCAACCAGACGGGCCUGAUCAGCGAAACCCUCAUCGACAUCACUCCCAUGCCUCCCAUGCCGGAACCCACCGUGGGGCCGCUAGACCCCAAGUGCAGCGACGAGGGGCUGAUCGUGUGUGACCGGGAGCGGAUAGAGGGGCAGCAGGGCGUGAGCCUGGACGAGCUGAUCGCGAAUUGGACCAAGCUUGCUAAGGAGGUGGAUAAGGAGGGAGUGGGGACCAUGUUCGCUGCUCUAGAUAAGUUCGCUGCUCUGGCGGAAGAAGCAAGGCCGCUGCUGGAGAAGGUGAACGAGCUGAUGACGGACAUCGAGCCCAUGCUGCAGGACGUGAGGGAGGGCGACCUCCUGAAGAACGUCGAGCAGCUCACCAAGGUGGCCUCUGAAGCUGCUACCGACCUCAGGCAACUGAACAGCUCCAUUCUGACCAAGGAGAACACGGAGCUGCUGCGGCAGUCCGUGUCCACCCUCACCAAGACGCUCAAGCACGUGGAGGGCAUCAGUGCUGACAUCAGCAGCCUCACGGGCGAUCCCAGCACGCGGGACCACCUCAGGCAGAUCAUUGAGUCGCUCAGCCGCCUCGUGGCUGACUAGCCACUCAUUGCUUCGGCUGGUGGCAGAGUAGGCACGCACACAGUGCUUGUGGCAGGCCUGCUUCCGAUUCGGCUCAGAACCACCUCAGGCAUAUCAUCGAGUCCCUCAGCUGCCUUGUGGCCGACUAGGUGCGGGUGGCACAUGGUAGGCACGGGUGAUGCGUGGCCGACUAGGCACAGAUGGCUUGUGUUGUGACGGACUAGGCACACCUGCUGUGGCAGACUGAGCCGAUUAAAGCCCCAGUACACACCUUCAAGUAGUGGCCUGGCCAACCAAUCCCUCGGAUGGCUUGUGCCUGAAUUGUAGGUACUUCAGGAUUCGCAUUGUGGCUCACAAGUACAGCACCUGUACACACACAAGAGCUCACUGUCCAACAUGCACGAGUGCUAACCUGGCAACCGUGUGCCUCAUAGCCGGGGUAUAGCCCCCUGUCGAAGUUAAGGAAUGCUAGGAACGGUAGGCUGCCACGGAAUGGCGCGAGGGUUUAGCUAGGAGAGGAAGUUGACGAGAGAAAAGAGGUAUAGAAUAGAAGAGAGUGUCAACU